AAUCACUAAUCCUGAGGUAAAAUGGCGACGGGUGCCAUUUCCACGGAGUCCAAGAAAAUAUCAGAAUUAAGAGUUGUUGAUCUUAAAUCCGAGCUCAAACAAAGGAAUUUGGAUACUUCUGGUGUUAAGAGUGUUCUUCUUGCAAGACUGAGACAGGCUCUUGAAGAUGAAGAUUGUGACACAGAAAACAUUGAAAUCCCGCUCACCGCUGACACACCAACUCGUAAAGGUGGGAAAGUUAAAGGGAAAAAGGUGGAUUCUGAUGCAGACACCACAGGAGAGGAAGAUGUGUUAUCCAAGGAAACUGAAGAGUACGAAUCAGAAAAAGAUGUAACUGAUACAGAUGAUGGUACUCGUGAAAAUUCUAAGCCUGAACCCUGUGAGGACAGCCUUGCUCAGCCUGAGGCUGAUCCAGAGUCAGAGGCGGUGGCGGCUGAGGCUGAUUCAGAGCCUGAGCCAGAGGUGGAUGGCGAUGCCGAUGCCGAGCCAGAGGUGGAUGCUGAUGCCGAGCCAGAGGUGGAUGCCGAUGCCGAGCCAGAGGUGGAUGCCGAUGGCGAGCCAGAGGUGGAUGCCGAUGGCGAGCCAGAGGUGGAUGAGGACGCCGACCCAGACAUGGAUGGGGAGGCUGAGCCAGAGUUGGACACCGAGCCUGAGGUGGAGACGGAACCAGAGGUAGAGCCUGAGCUGGCUGAGCUGAAUACUAAAGCCAUGAAUUCCUCUAACGAAGCUGAGGACGAUCACCUGUCCGUCCCAAACCCCAAUGAUGAUGCAAUCACCCUAGAUGUCGAUGGUGAUGAUCUCCUGGAAACAGGUAAACAUAUGAAACUUCCAGAUCCAGAGGCCGAGAAGGGCAAUGAUGAGCCAGAGGCCUCUACUGAGACGGGCCCAGAUGAUGACAUGAAGGCGGAAGAGACCGAGGGCCACAAAGAUGGUAAGAAAGAUGAUGGAUCCAGGGGUGAGCCCACGAAGAAAGACAGCAGAGAGGCCCAGAAGAAAGCCGAGAUGGGAGACAAAGAAAAGGAUUCUGGGAAGAAAGGCCCCUCCUCUACUGGGGCAUCAGGUCAAGCAAAGAGCUCUUCAAGAGACAGAGAUGGAAAAGAUGAUAAGGGUGUCGACGGCAACAGCAGCUCUUCUCGCAACCUAUGGGUGAGCGGCCUGUCGUCAAACACCAAAGCAGCUGAUCUUAAGAACCUGUUUGGCAAAUAUGGGAAGGUUUUAAGUGCUAAGGUGGUGACAAAUGCUCGCAGUCCUGGUUCAAAGUGUUAUGGCUUGGUGACGAUGUCCUCCAGUACAGAGGUGACCCGAUGCGUCUCCCACCUCGACUCCACAGAGCUCCAUGGACAGCAGAUAUAUGUUGAAAGGGCCAAAAAUGAUCCGUUCAAAAAAGAAAGCUCAAAGAAGGAAGUGGAGGACAAAGCGUGUUCCAGCAAGUCAAGUGAUAAGCGCAGUUCCACAGGCGCUAAACUGAUGAACAAAGUACAGCCACCUUACAAAAAAGAAGACAAGAAAUUUGAUAAACUACCUGAAAAGGACAAGGACUUAUCCAAGAAAAUGGAUGCCAGAAGUGGAAAAUCUGACUCGGUUUCAUCCAACUCAGGGCAAGAUUCCUUCAAGAAAGAUGACAGAAAGCAUGGGCGGGCAAAAAGCCCAGGCAAGAUGCCAUUCGUACAUCAUCCCAGCAGAGAUUCAAAUUUUGGAAGAAUGAGACCUUUCAGAAGGGGGAGGUAUUUUGAAAGGCCCUUUGUCAAUAUGAAUGUUCAAAGGCGACCAAAAUGGUUGAUCCCUCCCGAAGAGCUAGAGAUGAUGAGAGACAAACCGCGUCCUUUCUUUAACAAGGGGGAGGAAAAACACAUCCUGCCGUUUGAGAAGAUGAAGGAGCAGAGGAUGCGCGAACGGAUGGCUCGUGUAGAGCGAGCCCGCAGAGCCGUGGAGUUGCGCAGGCGGCGGGAAAUUGCCGAACAAGAACGGAGGGAGCGUGAGCGUGUCCGUCUGUUGCGCGAGCGCGAAGAACGGGAAAACCUGCUCCGGGAGCGCCAGAGACUUGAGAUGGAAAGACAAAAACUUGAAAGAGAGCGCUUGGAGAGGGAGAGGCUGGAGAGGGAGAGACUCCGCAUUGAGCAGGAACGACGUAAAGAGGCAGAGCGCAUGGCACGUGAACGUGAGGAGCUGAGGAGGCAGCAGGAGCAUCUCCGUUAUGAGCAAGAGAAGAGAAACAACCUGAAGAGGGGCCGCGACGUGGAACACGGCCGGAGAGACGAUUCCUAUUGGAAUGGCAACAAGAAAAUGCAGUCCGAGUCCGAUGUCCGUUUGAACCAGGGCUCAAACUACAACCGGCAGCAGAACCGCUUCUCAAGCUUCACUCCGAGAGAGAGGGGCCGAUUUCCAGAGGCUGCUGCCGAGCCCUCCAACUCGUAUGACAGACGUAACCGGUUUGAAGGUGAGCCAGAAGUGAAGAAGAGUCGCCCUGCUCCCCACAGAGAGAGCUCAGGAUUCGAGCGCUACCCCAAGAGCUUUGAAACAGUCCGCAGGGCCGAGCCCCCUCCUCCACGCAACGAGCUCCGGGACACCGACCGACGGGAAGAGAGGCGACCAGUUCCCAUGCACGGUCGCCCAAUGGGAGCCAGGGCUGCGAUGCCCGGCAUGUCGCACAACCGCUCGCCCCGGGACGGAGGGCAUGGGUGGAAGAGUGAUGGUGGCAUUAACUCGAACAAGGGAGAUUUACGUAAUGCGGGGUUGAACAGAGGACCGAUGCGGAUGCGUGCAGAGCGACCGAGCAGAGAAGGUCCAGUGCCCGUUCUCAGAGGAGGCUCCACAACCAGCCGGGGGAGGAGCAGCUACAGUGACCGAGAUGGAGGGAGACCCAUGGGGAUGAACGAUCAGCCGUUCAGCUCCGGGCGGCAGGUGGUGGUGGAGCGUCACAGCCGGGAUCAGGGACUGAGGAAGGAGUGGCACAGCGGCUCGAGCUCGCAGGGCGGAGGUUACGCUGAUAAUCGCAGAAUGGGAGACAGCCGUGGCAGCUUGAUGUCCCCUUCCAGUCACUCUUCGUCCGGAAUUAACCGAAUUGUACAGAUCACGAACAACUCAAUUCCCAGCGGUGGCAACGUGGGCGGCUUCAAACCCUUCAAAGGAACGCAACGGCAGUUCUAACAGCAACCAAAUUCUACUACUUUAAAGCACCUGAAAAUCUGAAGACUUUUCUGAACUAUAUAUAUAUUUUUUUUAGAAUAUCAGUUGAUUUAGGUGGCACAUUUGUAGCCUCGUGGUUGGUAACGCUAUUUUAUUUUGUAUAGACAGUGUUUACCUCCGUUGAGGAUUUUCACUACUCCAGUUACCGUUUAACCCCCUGAGCAUAUGUUUUAUUCUUUACUUAAAUUUAGGAAGAUAUUGUACAGCCCUAUGUCUUUGUAAGUUUUAAAGUUAUGUUACCAACUUCUCCUGAGUGUUGUAUGUAUAUUUUCAUUAGACUAGUGUUACACUCACUUGUGUAAUAUCUUAUCUUAGUGUAUCAUGAAGCAUCAGGGAGCACUCAUUUGGAAGUUUCUCUCCGAGGAAAAGUAUCCCCGGUGAAGACAUUUUGUGGAGAGAUGUUGGAUUAAACAAAACAUUGUCAAACUGUAAACCAGCCUACAUUGUAGCGAAACACCUCCCAUAGGUCAUGUGUUGAAUAACAAUAACAUGCAUAUAUAACAUGUGUGUUUCAAAUAAAAGUUGACUUUCAAAUCUG